AUGCUGGUUGCCAGGCUAAAGUCCCACCUAAUACCGAGGACCAGUGCCUGCCAAUACGGAUUCAUGCCGCAGCGCAGCACCGAGGACUCCCUCUAUACCCUUAUGCAGAGAAUUAACAAAAAACUAGGUGAAAAAAGGAUCAUCACGCUGAUCUCACUGGAUAUAGAGGGGGCCUUCGACAGCGCAUGGUGGCCUGCCAUCAGAGUCCGGCUGGCCGAGGAAAACUGCCCCGUUGGUCUGAGACAAAUGAUGGACAGUUACCUAAAGGACAGAAGCGUCACGGUGCGGUAUGCGGGUGAACAGCAUGGACUGGAGACCAGCAAAGGCUGUGUACAAGGGUCAAUAGCGGGUCCCAUCCUCUGGAAUCUACUGCUGGACCCACUCCUCAAAAGUCUCCAAGCCAGGGGCGACUACUGCCAGGCGUUCGCGGACGACGUGGCACUUGUGGUGGAUGGAAGCACCGCAAUGGAAAUUGAGGCCAAGGCCAACUCUGCUCUCGAACAUGCCCGGGAAUGGGGCGUCAGGAACAAAUUGAAGUUCGCACCGCACAAGACCAAUGCAAUGCUUAUUACACGAAAACUAAAGUACGACACCCCACGCCUGUGCAUGGGCGGGAUUAAUAUAGGGAUGGUCAAGGAAAUAAAAAUGUUAGGUGUUGUCAUCGACAACAAGCUCACUUUCAACGAACACGUCUCGAACGUCUGCAAAAAGGCAGUGGGUAUCCACAAGCAGCUCUCCAGAGCGGCAAAGGCAAGCUGGGGACUUCACCCCGAGGUUAUUAAGACCAUAUAUGUAGCGACAGUGGAGCCAAUAGUCCUGUACGCCGCAAGUGUAUGGGCCCCGGCCGCAACAAAAAUAAGUGUCCAGAAGCAGCUAGCAGCGGUCCAACGAGGAAUAGCACAGAAACUGUGCAAAGCGUACCGCACAGUCUCCCUCAACUCUGCGCUCAUCCUGGCCGGGAUUCUCCCACUCGACCUCAGAGUUCGAGAGGCGGCCUCGCUAUACGAAGCCAAAAGAGGUGUCCCCCAGCCGGGAUUGGGCGACUGGGAAGUGGAGAGAAUGGCUCCAGCCGCAGAAAUGCCACACCCCGCAGAACGCGAGGAGCUGAAACUAAUAAGCCUCGUUGACCAAAAUGAUGUCAACAAUCAUAGUAACUAUGAAGUGCGAAUUUACACGGACGGUAGUAAGAUAGGAGGUGGAGUCGGAGCCUCACUGUCUAUAUGGCGGGGGGAAGCCGAGAUAAAAGCCCGGAAACUAGCUCUACCUAAGUUCUGCACUGUCUACCAGGCGGAGCUUCUCGCAAUCUGUGUGGCAACAAGAGAAGUCAAGAACAGUAAAGCAAAUACGUUCGGGAUCUACAGCGACUCCAUGGCAGCCCUUCAAACCAUCCAGAACUACAGCUGCCUCCACCCUCUAGCAGUGGAAGCGAGAGAUAACAUAAGAACAAUAUCUCACCAAGGCAAAAUUAUCGCUUUGCAUUGGAUAAAAGCACACGCAGGGCUGGAAGGUAAUGAAAGGGCGGACGAACUCGCCAAGGGAGCGGCUGCGGACUCCAAACGUAAGCGUGACUACGAUCAAUGUCCGGUAUCAUUCGUGAAGCGAAAUAUCCGUAUGGCCACGCUUGACAAGUGGAAUUGGAGAUACACCACAGGUGAGACAGCAUCGAUAACAAAGCUGUUCUUCCCGGAUGCGGUAGCGGCUUACGGGACAGUCCGAAAAAUUGAAUUCACGAGUCCAGUGACACAAUUAAUGACAGGGCAUGGUGGAUUCUCCGAGUACUUACACAGAUUAAAGUGCAAGGAGAACCCAUCGUGCAUAUGUGAACCCGGCAGACCAGAGAGCAUUCCGCACCUAAUAGCGGAGUGCCCUCAGUUUAGCAUACAAAGGCACGAUACAGAAAAUAAAAUUGGGGAAGAGAUAAAAGUAGAAAAUAUUAGUAAAAUAAUGCAAAACAAGUAUAUUAGAGACACGUUUCUAGAAUAUUGUAAGAAAAUUGUAAAAAUAGUAAUAAAUAGAAAUAAGUAG